UGCCUGCCACUUGACGGAGCGGUCACGCUACCUUAGCGACACCUGCGCCGAGCGGUUACCGGCGCGGGAUGGUGAGGCGGAGGAAGGCACACUUGAGUUCGCGCGGAUGACUGCUAGAUGGCGCAAGCGUCCUCUUCAUUCCUUUACCUUAUGCUGGCUCUGCGCGGCGGUAAUUUAGUGGCCGCCUCUUUUUCGGGUAGUUUGUUGUCAGCGGGCAGAUCAGCUGAUUGGUACUUGAGCAGCUCUAGUGCGGUAUUUACUUGUUACGCUCGGUUUAUGUAUGUUUUCUAUUUGUACUUAGUUUCGCUGGAUUAGGCUAGUACUGGGCUAAUAUUUCUGUUAUCCGUAUAUCCAUUGCUAACGAUUACGUGUAAGGGAUAUGUUCAUGCAUUGCCUUUUAUUUUGCGCGUCCUUAAGUACUUGCGCGUAGCCUCGAUUGGCGACCUCUAGGAAGCGGCCAUGAUCGCUCUUUUGACCGUGAUCCUCCGUCGAGGAUGGAGCUGUGACGCCUGAGCAGAGGCGAUAUCGUCGAAACCGCUACGUUUCGCAUCGUUUCGAGGCAGUGGGAUGACCUUGACCUUGGGUCAUGCGUUGGUCAUGAUCUGGAUCCCCGCGGCCUAAAGUCCAAUACAAGAGAGACGGUGCCAACAGCGCGUUUACGGCAGUCACCCAGAGUGAAGCUCAGGCAGCAAUAGUUUCGACGUCGCCUUCCUGGUGGCUUCGGCUCAGCUGAUCGUCGAUUAUUCUCGUCGCCGGGAGCUACGAAUUGCGAUGCUGGUGUGUGGCCGCCAAUGCGGACGCGGUUGCCUGCCGCCGUGGGGACUGGUUCCAGGACGGAGGUUCCAGCAUCCUAAUGUCCCUGCGGCGGCGGAGGUCCGCGUCUGCUGGCGCCUGCUGUCUGGAGGCAGCUGCUGCUGAUGGCAGCCCUUCGUGCUGGAUCUGGCAGCCUCAAUCAUCAGUGAAGAGGUGCCCAGCUGGAGCUGCCACUCACAGUGCAGCAGUGUGAUCCGGCCCAGCUCACCCAGCAGUAUGAACAGUAUGUACCUGGGGCUUGUGUUCGUGGAGUAAUGUGCAUUGCAGGGAGGCUCUCAGGCUCAGUGCUCAGACAGUUGCAUAGGAUAGUUGACAACCUCAGACGGGUGAACUUAGUUAGUAAGAAUGUGUGCCCUCAUAUGUGUUAUGCUAUGUGUAGCAAUGAGAGAUGAUUGAUGCUGCGGAGUGCUAUAUUAAGUGAGGUACACGUUUGCUCAGUGUUACUGGCUGUUUGUAGGUUAAGAUAAGCAGAGCCUGCAUUUAUUUGAAUAUCCUGUGUUUCCCAUACCCUCUGCCUCACGCCUGAUCAAGUAAUGGAUCUUGACAAGCUGUCGAAAGAGGAGCUGGUCAGUGAGCUGAGUAGACGAGGGGAGGAUGUGAGAGGAAGGAAGCCAGUCCUGCUGGAGAGGUUGCGUGAGAUCUUGAAAGAGGAGCAAUACCAGAGUCAGGGAGCCAUGAGUCAAGCCAAAGAAGAGAAAGACAACCUACAGGAAGAACAUGAGCCAAAGAAGGUAGAUGACGACAAGGGUGUUGAGACACAAUCAGGAUUUGAAGGUGGAGAUGCCACAAGUGACAGGCCUGCCUCAAGUGUCAGAACGGCAGCCAGCAUGGCCUCUGCCCGGGCCAUGGAAAGAGCGAAGCUGGCUGGGCUCUCUGCGAAGAGGCAAGCUCUGAAAAAGAAGCACCUACUUGAAGCACAGGAAGCCGAGCUUCGUCGAAUGAGGGAAGAGGUUGAGCUUCAAGCUGAGAUUGAGGAGUGUGAAGCCCGAGAGAAGGUGUUUGAAGAAAUGAUGACUGAAGCACAGAUGGAGCAGAUGAUGUUGCAGCCACUUGAAACCUCGUCUCAUCCGUUGGAGAAGGAGCCCAAGGCUGUACUUCAGCUACAGGAAGUUGCAACAAAGCCGCAAGUAACUGUGCAAACAGGGCUAAAAGAAGUUGCAGCAAAGCCGCAAGUAACUGUGAAAACAGGGCAAAAAGAAGUUGCAACAAAGCCGCAAGUAACUGUGCAAGCAGGGCAAAAGGAAGUUGUAGCAAAGCUGAUGGAAGUAACUGUGCCAAAGUUGCAAGGAGCUGCAGCUCAACGACAAGAAAAGAAGUCAAAUGCUGCAUCUCUGUUGCAGGAAGUUGCAGAAAGGCCACAAGAUGCGGCACAAGCAAGGACUGCAUCACACAAGCAAGAGGUGAUUGCAAGGUCACAAGAAUCUGCCUAUUCACAUGAAGCAACAGAGCCCAUGAGACAUGACAUCAGAAUGGCAAGAAGGCUCCAGCUGCCUGCACUUGACCUGACUGUGUUCAAGGGAGAUUCUUCAAAGUACAAGCCAUUCUUGAAAGCCUUCGAGGCGAACAUUGCAAGUAAUGUGGAUUCGGAGGCAGAGAAGCUGUUGUACCUGCUCAAGUUCACGCAAGGAAAACCACAUGAUAUUGUGCAGACAUGUGUCCACCUGCCAGAAGAAAGGGGCUACUUGCAAGCAGUCGAACUGCUGAACAGCAGGUACGACACUGGGGUUUAUGCAGUGACCAGUCUGAUCACCCAGAUGCAGAACCUGCCAGCUCUUCGGGCAGAUGAUGCGGAAGCUCUGGAUGACCUCAGCAUUUUCCUGAGAGGAUGUUUGAAUGCCCUUGAGACCCAGCCUCAUGGCUUGCGCUCGGUUGAUCCUAAAACCAUCUGCAAGCUGCUUGAGAAGCUGCCCCACCACAUGAUUGAGAAGUGGAGACGACUGGUGGAUGACAUCGAGCACGUGGAGAGACGCCAGGCGAACUUCAGAGACCUGGUUGGGUACAUUGAGAAGGAGGCUAGGAUAGCCAUGAACCCAUCCUAUGGACGACAGGUCCUGGGAUCAAGUGGAAGGCCCAGACUUCAUGAAGCCAGGAAGACAGAGCCACGGGCUGUCAGGAAGACAGCUGUGGGCAAGACCCUAGCUGGGAGCAUCCAGUCUGUGGGCAAUCCAAUGAAGUGCUACUUCUGUGAGGGAAUGCACAAGACCGAAUCCUGCAAGAAACUCCAACAGAAGACACCAGAGGAAAGAACCACAUUUGUUAAGCAGAAUGGCCUCUGCUUUGCUUGUUUGCAGCAUGGGCAUCGAUCCAGAUUCUGCAAAGAAAGAAGAAACUGUGAGAAGUGUGGAAGAAGCCAUCCGACAGUGCUCCACAUUGACAAGCCAGAGAGCCCUACAGUGACUUCGGGCCACCUGGCACCCAGCAGGACAGGAGGCGGCAAGCUGCAGGUUCUCAAGGUACAGGUAUGCUUUGGUGACCUCAAAGUGACCACAAAUGCCUUUCUCGACAGCGGAAGCACGCACUCCUUCAUAUCGAGUCAUCUGCUGGAUGAGCUGGGAUUGAAGCAGCAGAAGAGGACCUCGCUCAAGGUGUCUACCAUCAGUGGAGAGCAGACAAUGAACAGCAGCAUCAUCCCUGGACUGCUCAUUGAAGACCUGGACCAAGGCAAUGUUAUGGAGCUGCCCCCGUUGUAUGUUCUGAGCCGCAUCCCUGUCGUGACUGAUGAUGUGCCUUCCCAGGAAGACAUGCAGAGAUGGACGUAUCUGCAAGAAGCCGGUGUGACCCUGAGGACGAUGGACGCUGGAGAAGAGGUCGGUCUCCUGAUUGGAGGCAAUGCAGGCGGCGUGAUGGAACCGCUGCAAGUCUGCCCCAGCCAACACGGAGGACCGCACGCGAUCCUGACCAGGUUCGGCUGGAUCCUGGGCGGACUGAAGAACGAGAGAGGCAGAUGUCAAGUGAAUCGCAUCAAAGUAGACAUGAAUGACCAGAUGUCUGAAGAAUGGUUUGAAAACAGAGCUGAGACAAGAAAAGGGCUUUCAAUAGAAGAUCUCAGGUGGUGCAACCAAAUGGAAAACGGCUGUAUCAAGAAAGAGAAGUACGAGAUCACACUGCCAUUUCGGGACCAGACGCCUCCUCUCGAGAACAACCGAAGUGUGGCAGAGGGGCGCCUGGAACUGCUGAAGAGGAAGUUGAACAAGGACGAGAAGUACGCGGAGGAGUACAUCGCUCGUAUGAACAAACUUCUCGAAGAUGGGCAUGCUGAAGUGGCACCUGAGGCUGCAGACGACUCAAGGAGGUGGUACCUUCCCCACUUUGCGGUGAGGCACCCGACGAAGGACAAUCUUCGCGUCGUCUUCGAUUGUGCAAGCAAGUAUCGAGGCACCAGUCUCAACGAUACGCUGCUCCAGGGCCCCGACCUGACCACCCCGUUGGUGGACGUUCUGAUUCGUUUUCGUCUUAACCCUUGCGCAUUCACCGGAGACAUUGAAGCCAUGUUUCUGCAGGUCUCCGUUCCAGAAAGUCAGAGGGAUUACCUGAGGUUCCUGUGGUGGCCGGAAGGAGUUACCAGCAAGCCUGCUCGCGAGUACCGGAUGAAGGUCCACCUGUUCGGAGCGACAUCAUCGCCCAGCUGCGCCAACCUCGCGCUCCACCGCGCAGCGGAAGACAACAAGUCCCUGUCAAAGGAAGCAAGCAAGACGAUACGAAGUAACUUUUAUGUUGACGACGUCCUUAAGUCUGUGCAGGACGACGAAGCUGCCAUCAAGCUGCUGAAAGAGCUGAAGGAAAUGUGUGCUCUUGGGGGAUUUAAGCUGACGAAGUUCAACAGCAACAGUGUCAAAGUCCUUCAAUCGGUUCCUCAACCGGAGAGAAGCAAGCAGGUGAAGGAUCUGGUCCUCGGCUCUGACCCCUUACCGACAGAGCGCGCACUUGGAGUUGUAUGGGAUCCGAACACAGACACCAUCGGCUUCAGCGUGGACAUGAAGAAGCUGAAUCAGAAGCCGGCCACGAGGAGAGGAUAUCUGUCUGCUGCAGCUUCUUGCUACGAUCCUCUCGGGCUGGUCGCUCCCUGCGUUGUCAGGGCUCGGAUGGUCGUCCAGAAGCUGCAUCGACUUGGCGGGAGCUGGGAUGAAGAAGUCCCGGAGAGUCUGAGAAGGGAGUGGGAAGAAUGGCUGCGGGACCUGAGCCACCUGUCGCUCCUGAAGAUCCCAAGAUGUCUCUCACCUCUGGGGCUCGACGCGGCGCUUGCUGCCGGAGACAAGAUCCAGCUUCAUCUCUUCGCUGAUGCCAGUACGUCAGCGUACGGGGUUGUGACCUAUGUAUGUUGUGUCGACGAGGAGACUGACCACGCCAGUUGCAGGAUUCUGUUUAGCCGGGCGCGACUGGCGCCGAUGAGACAGCUCAGCGUUCCCCGUCUGGAGCUAGCUGCGGCGACGCUCGCCGUGAGGAGCAGCGUGGACCUGCGGAGAGCUUUGGACGUGGACGUGGACGUGCACUUCUGGACGGAUAGCACAACCGUCCUCAAAUACAUCAGAAAUGAGAAGACAAGGUUUCCUGUGUUCGUCGCGAACCGCCUCUCAGUGAUUCACGAUGGCUCGACGGUCGAACAGUGGCACUAUGUGCCGAGUGAGUUGAACCCAGCGGACCUCGUGUCACGCGGGAUGAAGGCCUCAUCUCUCAUCAACAGCGACCUCUGGAAGUUCGGGCCCAGUUUCCUGAAAGAGGCACAGUGGCCUGUAAACCCCGAUGAUGAAGAAUGUGUGCACGAUGCCGAUCAGGAGGACGUAAGGGUUGCUGCGAUGAAGACGGGCGAGGAGUCGUCACCCAUGGAGAAGCUGACUCGGCACUACUCGUCCUGGAGACGCCUGGUCAGGGCCGUUGCCCUGCUUCGUCGGUUGGUUCGUCGGUGGAAGAAUGCUACUCGCGGUGCGACACUCAAAGCGUGCCUGACUGUUGCGGAGCUGAAGGCAGCUGAGAGUGCCAUCAUCCGAGACAUACAAGCUCGGCACUUCAGUGAGGAGCUCUGUGACCUGAAGACAGGGAAACCUGUGCGCAAGUCGAGCAAGCUGGCGCGUCUGGAUCCAUGGCUGGACGGAGACAUGAUUCGAGUUGGUGGUCGACUGAGCCAGAGUGCUCUCCCAUUCGAUUCGAAGCAUCCUAAGAUUCUUCCAAAACGAGAUCCUGCGGUGGAUUUGAUCGUCACUGCAGCCCACGAACAAGCGGGACAUGAAGGGAGACAGCAUGUUCUGUCGGACCUCAGGGCAUCCUACUGGAUACUGGGAGCCAACGCGGCGGUGCGUCGCUGCCUCAGUCGCUGCGUCAGCUGCAAGAAACGCUUGAAGCAGCCGGAGCAUCAGAAGAUGGCAGAUCUUCCUGAAGAGCGAACGGAAGUUGGCGGGAAAGCGUUCGCCCACACUGGAGUGGAUUACUUCGGUCCUUUUUUCGUGAAGCAUGGUCGAUCUCAGGUUAAGAAGUAUGGCGUCGUGUUCACCUGCUUGACAAUACGCGCCGUUCACUUGGAAGUCGCUGACAGUUUGUCUACAGAUUCCUUCCUCUGUGCCCUCCGACGUUUUGUGGCACGUCGCGGAGGCGUGCAGUCUCUUCGAUCGGAUCAGGGGACAAACUUUAUCGGAGCGGAGAAGGAACUUAAGGAAGAACUCAAGAAGCUGAAAGAGCGUGACGGUGAGAUCCGGGAAGCAGCCCUCCAUCUGGGCAUCGACUGGCGCUUUCAUCCGCCUCACGCCUCUCACUUCGGUGGCGUGUGGGAGCGCCAGAUCCGCACCAUUAGGAAGAUUCUCACCAGUCUACUCACUCAACAGACCUUUUCACAUGAGACUCUGCAGACCAUGCUGUGCGAGGUGGAGGCGAUAAUCAAUAACCGCCCGCUGACACCCUUUUCAACUGACGCCUUUGACCAGCCGCCUCUAACCCCGAACCACCUCCUGCUUCUCCGGAGUGUCGUGUUUCCUCCGUCGUCUGCAGAGUGGGACCACCGGAGAAGUUGGAAGCAGGCUGGUUACCUCGCGGAGCAGUUCUGGCGGAGGUGGAGAACUGAAUAUCUCCCUCUGCUGCAAGAGCGAGGCGGACGGACAACGAGAAGUCGUGUCAACAUCAAGAAGGGAGAUAUCGUCCUGAUGGUAGACGACACUGUGCCUCGUGGAGUGUGGCCACUGGGCCGCAUAGAAGACGCCUUCACGAGCGCUGAUGGACGGGUGCGCUCUGUCAGGAUUCGCGCCCGCGGCUCCUUCUACGUGAGGCCGGUCACCAAGGUGGUGAAGAUUGUUUGAAGAAGUUUAAGUUUGUUUUGACUGAGACGUCAAAAAGGGGCGGGUGUUGAUGCCUGCCACUUGACGGAGCGGUCACGCUACCUUAGCGACACCUGCGCCGAGCGGUUACCGGCGCGGGAUGGUGAGGCGGAGGAAGGCACACUUGAGUUCGCGCGGAUGACUGCUAGAUGGCGCAAGCGUCCUCUUCAUUCCUUUACCUUAUGCUGGCUCUGCGCGGCGGUAAUUUAGUGGCCGCCUCUUUUUCGGGUAGUUUGUUGUCAGCGGGCAGAUCAGCUGAUUGGUACUUGAGCAGCUCUAGUGCGGUAUUUACUUGUUACGCUCGGUUUAUGUAUGUUUUCUAUUUGUACUUAGUUUCGCUGGAUUAGGCUAGUACUGGGCUAAUAUUUCUGUUAUCCGUAUAUCCAUUGCUAACGAUUACGUGUAAGGGAUAUGUUCAUGCAUUGCCUUUUAUUUUGCGCGUCCUUAAGUACUUGCGCGUAGCCUCGAUUGGCGACCUCUAGGAAGCGGCCAUGAUCGCUCUUUUGACCGUGAUCCUCCGUCGAGGAUGGAGCUGUGACGCCUGAGCAGAGGCGAUAUCGUCGGUAAGGGUUCGAUUGUAUGCAUUUUGGCGAUUCUUAUGACGAUUCAUUGCAAAUACGUUGUCGUGUCAUUUUCGUGUUAUAUUUUUCGUGUCGUUAUUUUAUAUUUUGUAUUCGCAGAAACCGCUACGUUUCGCAUCGUUUCGAGGCAGUGGGAUGACCUUGACCUUGGGUCAUGCGUUGGUCAUGAUCUGGAUCCCCGCGGCCUAAAGUCCAAUACAAGAGAGACGGUGCCAA